AGCCUGUUCUGUGGUUAUGUUAUUUAUUUCAGGCUAUUUAAAUUUUAGUUAAAUUACUAUACCUAUUUAAUUAGAAUUUUAUCAAAAUGUACAAAGGUUUUUCACGAAUAUGGACCGUUUACUGUAUAGAUAAACUACAGCCGUGCGUCACUCCAUUUGUUACUAGUGUUUUAAAUUCCCAAAGGGGCAAAGUGGGAAGUGUAGGUUAUGUUUUCAAGCGAACCAAAAGACACGAUAAAGGGAACCCCUCUGCUCUGUUUGUUCCCGUACCGGUUAAACCAAAUCCGGAUGACAUUAAUAUAGGUGAAGAGUUCACAGGACGGUUAAAAAAGCAAGAUUUGCUCAAAAUAUUGAAUAAGUUUUAUCAGAAGCCAGAGGUUAGAGUCUUGGCGGCUGAAAACGGUUUGGAUGAUCAAUUAUUGCAUCAGUCUUUUUUAUCCUUUAGAAGACACUGUUUGGAACAUGAUUUACCUCCAGACUUACACAUUACAAUAAGUGAUAUACUAGUAGGUGCUGGUCAUGUUGAUGAUUUGUUUCCAUACUUCCUUAGACACGCUAGACUUGCAUUCCCACAUCUUGACUGUUUAGAUGACCUUAAAAAAAUAUCUGACUUAAGAACACCUGCUAGUUGGUAUCCACAAGCUCGUAAUAUAAAUAGAAAGAUAAUAUUUCAUGCAGGACCCACAAAUUCAGGAAAGACCUACCAUGCAAUGGAAAGGUUCCUAACAUCUAAGUCUGGUGUUUACUGCGGACCCCUUAAGUUGUUAGCUACCGAAAUAUACCACAAAUCUAAUUCUAAGGGCACCCCGUGUGACUUAAUCACAGGGGAAGAGCGAAGGCAUGCUUCACAAUAUACUAUGCUAGUGGACAAUAAUGAAGACACUGAAAUAGUUAAGGAAGAGUCAUAUUUGAUAGAUGAACCAGAAUUGACACCCUCAAGACAUGUGGCCUGCACUGUUGAAAUGACUUCUUUGAAUGAAUUGUAUGAAGUGGCAAUCAUUGAUGAAAUACAGAUGAUUGGUGACAGGGGCCGGGGUUGGGCCUGGACAAGAGCAGUAUUAGGUUUACAAGCAGAGGAAUUACAUUUGUGUGGUGAAUCUGGCGCAAUAAAUUUAAUAGAAGAAAUAUGUAAUACUACAGGGGAAGAAAUUGAGGUCAGAUCAUAUAAAAGGCUGACGGAACUCAAAGUGGAAGACAGUGCCCUGGGCUCGCUGGACAAAGUGCGCGAGGGAGAUUGUAUAGUGUGUUUCAAUAAGAACGACAUUUACAGUGUAAGUCGAGCGAUCGAACAGAGGGGUCAUGAAGUGGCAGUAAUAUACGGCAGCUUACCGCCCGGAACAAAACUCGCUCAAGCCAAUAAGUUUAAUGACCCAGAGAGUUCUUGUAAAGUCAUGGUGGCCACUGAUGCUAUAGGACUUGGUAUCAAUUUGAGUAUACGAAGGAUAAUAUUUUAUUCGCUCAUAAAGCCUGUAAUCAACGAAGAUGGUGACAAAGAAAUGGACGUUAUAAGCAUAUCGCAAGCGUUGCAGAUUGCUGGUAGAGCCGGUAGAUACGGCAGCGCUUGGGAGACGGGUUUCGUUACCACAUACAAACCAGAAGACCUCGCGACUCUAAAGACUUUACUGUCGCAGCCUCCUGACCCCAUAACUCAGGCGGGCUUGCAUCCCACAGCAGAACAGAUGGAGCUGUAUGCCUACCACUUACCACACGCCACUCUCAGUAGCUUAAUGGACAUAUUCGUCCACCUGUGCACAGUGGACGACUCGCUGUAUUUCAUGUGCAAUACCGAAGGCUUCAAGUUCCUGGCGGAGAUGAUCCAACACGUGCCUUUGCCGCUACGGGCACGGUACGUGUUCUGUUGCGCGCCCAUCAACAAUAAGCUGCCUUUUGUGUGCGCUACGUUCCUCAAGAUGGUGCGUCAGUACAGCAGGAACGAGCCCAUAACUCGGAACUGGAUGUGCAACGUAGUGGACUGGCCGCUGCCGCCGCCCAAAACCAUCAUGGACCUCGUACACUUAGAGGCUGUGUUCGACGUGCUAGAGUUGUAUCUGUGGCUCAGUUAUAGAUUUCCAGACAUGUUUCCCGAUGUUAAAUUAGUACGAGAGAUGGAAAUUGGUUUGGACGCUAUCAUUCAGCAAGGAAUAUUCCAAAUUACCAGAUUAUUGCGAAACUCAGAACAAGUACUCCGUAGCGAUGUAGACAUGUCUGAAAUGGGCAAAAGAAAGGCGGGGAAACUGCACGCACCAUCCAAAGACGACGAACCUAAGGGGAAACUUUCAGAGAUGCUUGUUGCUAAGGGAUUAAUAACUCCACAAAUGCUAAAAAAAUUACAACAAGAACUCAGCACAGAGAAAAACGAUAGAAAAACAAAAGGGGGUAGAAAUAGAAGGAAAUAAUUUUAAAUUUAAAUUAGUUACUAGAUGAAUUUAUUUUUUGUGAUCAUUUUGGUGUAUGCAAAGAGUGAAUGUGUAAUAAAGAAUAUCAGUUA